AUGAAUGUUGAUAAAACAGCAAAUUAUCAGUAAGAUAGUAACGACUAGAGACUGCCUUUUGUAGAGAAGUACAGACCAAAUGAUCUUUAGAGCAUUAUAUCUCAUGAUGAGAUCAUUAAAACCAUUCAGAAAUUUAUUUCAACCAAGACUAUGCCUCAUUUGCUAUUCCACGGUCCUCCAGGCACUGGCAAGACUAGCUGUAUAAUCGCAAUUGCUAAGCAUCUCUAUGGUCCUUAGUAAUACAAGAAUAUGAUUCUAGAGCUGAAUGCUUCUGAUGAUAGAGGUAUAUAGGUAGUUCGUGAGUAGAUUAAAAGUUUCUGCUCUACUCAACAGUUGAUGAGUAAGGGAAUCAAAUUAGUCAUACUGGAUGAAUGUGAUUCAAUGACCUCAUCUGCCCAAUUCGCACUGAGACGCAUAGUGGAGAAGUUUACUAAAACCACAAGAUUCUGCUUUAUUUGCAACUAUGUAUCUAAAAUAAUUCCUGCCUUACAGUCAAGAUGCACUAGAUUCAGAUUUGGGCCAUUAGACUCAACACACAUACUAAGAAGGCUAAAUGAAAUUGCAAUGCUCGAAUAGCUUGAACUCGAACCUAAAGCAGCUUAGGCUAUUGUUUACCUUAGUGCUGGAGACAUGCGUAAGGUUCUCAACAUACUAGAAAGUUGUGCUUUGGCUCAUUAAAAGAUCACUACUUAGAACGUUUAUGAUGUGACAGGCAGACCUUCACCAGAUGAUAUCACAAGCAUCUACAAAUCCUUGAAUGAAGAUAGACUUAACAAAGCAAUCGAGACUAUAUAUCAAAUUAAGCAGAAUAAGUCACUUGCACUUGAAGAUAUCUUGAGUGAUCUUCAUAAAGCAGUGAUGAAGACUAAGUACACUGAUCAGAUGAAGAUAUUCUUAAUUAGCAGAAUGGCUGAUAUCGAGUAUAGACUUGCCUAUGGAAGCAAUGAGAAGAUCAACACUUCAUCUUUGGUUGGGGCUUUUGUUGAAAUCAGAUCUAUAAAAUGA